ACAAAUACAUGUAUGAAGAGGAUCAACUCAAGUAGUACACUCUCGUGUAUCUUUCCAUGAACUGAUAAACCUCUUUUUGUGCUCUAACUAGUAUCCAAAAAAGUGCUUUCACACAUGAAGCACGUCAAGCAUCCACUUUCAUCAAUAACUUCUGUAAUGACUUCUUUCAACAGAAAGAGGAAACAGACUCCUGAUCAUCAUCAUCAUCUGAUGGAUCUUCAUCUUAAAGAUGUGUCCUCUUCCUCCUCACAUAUAUGGAGUACCACUGGAGAUGAUGAUGGUUCAGAUCAUAGGAUGAACCCAGAGCUUAACCUUAUUGAUUGUUUUGAGAGUAGUGCAUCUCAAGUUUCAUCAGAACAAGAUCUGCAAGAAUGCCCAUCAUCAGAAGAUGACCCAAGAGUAUUCUCCUGCAAAUAUUGCCAAAGAAAGUUCUACAGCUCACAGGCACUUGGAGGUCACCAGAAUGCACACAAGAGAGAGAGGACCCUGGCUAAGAAGGAACAGAGGUUGGGUCAAUACUUCAUGGCUGCUGCUGCUGCUUUUGGUGACUCUGCCCAUAACCAUCAUCAACCCUUUUCCAGCUUGUCUUCUUAUUCUCUACAAGGAGGUUUUCACAUGCCUCUUCAGGCACACUCCAUGAGUUUGAAGCCUUCCUCUGAUUUACUUUUUGCUUCUGCAAAUGACAGAUGGUCCAGACAAAGAAUCAGCCAAAGGCCAUCUGUGGGGAAGCUGUUUGGAGGGAAUAGCCAGAUUAGUCCAAUAAGUGUGUUGCAAAGUGAUAGCAUAGAAAGAUCAAGAACAGUGAUUUCUCUUCAAGAUAGCACAACCAGUGAUAGUUCUCGAGCAGGUAGGUCAAGUAACUAUUGCAAGAGUGACAUUGCAGAACUGCACAAUCUUGACCUGUCUCUUCGACUCUAAGUUCAUUUACACACACGCACGAUGAGCCAUUCUCCCCCAAUUUGAUCCCUUUUUACAUGUAUUACUUAUAUUUUUCUGGGUAAUUUUAUGUGUACUUCUAUGAAUAUCCAUAAAAACUAGCCUCUGUAACGUAAAGAUUUUCUCACUUCCCUAUUUUAAUCGUGAUUAAAUAAUCUUCCCAUUUUUAAAUCUUUCCAUCAUAUCCUCAAUAAUUUUAAAAAUAAUACACUACUACACCUACUUUUUUGGAUUUAUCCUUCAUUUCACCACACAAUUUUAUUAUCUUCUCAUCAUGUCCUCAAUAAUUUAUAUUCCCUAUCACUAUUCAUAAUCUCACCCACUUUCCAUUUGGGAAUAUUCCAGCGUUACGGAGGUAGUACUACGUAUUAUUUAGUCCAUCAGCCUUGCUUACUGUACAUGUCAUUUCCACACACGGCUCAUACACGCGGCCUGUGAUGGUUUCUUGUACACACCAUUUUCAUACACCCCACUCAUAGAGUAGUAUAAAGUAGGCCUAAAAUUUAUAAUUUUAGACCUUGGUGCUUCCGGGUCAAUUUUUUCAUUAAAGUUUUGUGAAAGAUGUUUCAUAUGAAAUGUAGAUUAUGUCCACCAAAAUUUCUUCUUUAAGUUUCAAUCGAGAAGUUAGUUAAAUACAUUAUUAACAAAGUCA